GGCAUGUGGCUUGUAACUUUACUCCUGCUGUACUCUCUCCAAGAAGUACACAGUGAGGAUGUGGGCUCUACCAGGCUGUACUUUGUGAACGCCUCCCUGCAGAGGGUAACCUACUCCAGCUCGGUGGGGGUGUCCCUGCCCUGUCCAGCAGGCGGCACCCCCAGUGCCAUACUGCGCUGGUACCUGGCGACCGGCGAUGACAUCUACGACGUGCCGCACAUCCGCCACGUGCACGCCAACGGCACCCUGCAACUGUACCCCUUCUCGCCCUCGGCCUACAACAGCUACAUCCACGACAAUGACUACUUCUGCACUGCCGAGAACCAGGCCGGCAAGAUCCGGAGCCCCAACAUCCGCAUCAAAGCUGUUUUCAGGGAGCCCUACACCGUGCGAGUGGCGGACCAGCGCUCGAUGCGGGGCAACGUAGCCGUGUUUAAGUGCCUCAUCCCCGUCGCCGUGCAGGAGUAUGUCAGCGUCGUGUCUUGGGAGAGAGACACGGUGUCCAUCGUCCCAGGUAACAGGUUCUCUCUCACCUCCUUCGGAGCUCUCUACAUCUCUGACGUUCAGAAGGAGGACGCCCUCUCCACAUACCGGUGCAUCACCAAGCAUAAGUACAGCGGCGAGACGCGGCAAAGCAAUGGAGCCAGGCUCUCCGUGAUGGACCCCAACGAGUCCUCGCCCACCAUCCUGGACAGCUUCCAAGCAGGGGAGGUGCAGGCAGGCCAGAGCAUCGAGCUCCCGUGCACCGCAGGAGGUUACCCCAGCCCCACCGUGCGCUGGCUGAAAGAUGGCCGCCCCUUGCCCUCAGAUGCCCGCUGGACACGGCGUUUGACGGGGCUGACCAUCAGCGACCUGAGGCUGGAGGACAGUGGCAGCUAUGCCUGUGAGGUCACCAACAGUUUUGGCUCCAAGGAGGUGUCUGGACAGCUUCACGUUAUAGAUCCACUACGUGUGACCUUAUCGCCUAAGAACCUGAAAACAGGCAUCAGCAGCACACUGUUUUUCACCUGCACUGUGGAGGGCUCUCCUGAAUACACCAUCAGCUGGUACAGGAACACCGAGCCCAUUCUCCCCGACCAGCACAUCUCCAUCCAGGGGCAACACAACGACACGCUGCAGAUCACCGCGGCACAGAAGUUCCACUCCGGGGCCUACCAGUGCUUCGCCUCCCGAAAGGGCCACACCGCUCAGGACUUUUCCAUUAUUCUGCUAGAGGAUGGUACUCCUCGUAUCGUGUCUUCCUUCAGCGAGCGGGUGGUGAACCCCGGCGAGCCUUUCUCCCUCAUGUGCGGCGCCAAAGGAGCCCCGCCCCCCGCCAUCACCUGGACGCUGGACGACGAGCCUGUGGUCCGGGACUCCACCUACAAGACCAGCCAGUACACCCUGUCGGACGGCCUGACCGUGUCGCACGUCAACGUCAGCAGCCCGCUCAUCCGGGAUGGGGGAGUGUACCGUUGCGUCGCACGCAACUCGGCCGGUAGCGCCGAGUACCAAGCGCGCAUAAACGUAAGAGGUCCACCUCGAAUCAGACCCAUGCGGGACAUCACCGCAGUGGCGGGCCGGAACACCUACAUCACGUGCCGCGUGAUUGGCUACCCGUAUUAUUCCAUCAAGUGGCUGAAGGAGGGCAUGCAGCUGCCCGACAAUCACCGCCAAGUGGUGUUCGAGAACGGCACCCUGAGGCUGACGGACGUGCAGAAGGGCGCCGACGAGGGCACCUACCUGUGCAGCGUCCUGAUCCAGCCCCAGGUGUCGAUCAACCAGACCGUCCACGUCACUGUCAAAGUGCCGCCGCUCAUCCAGCCCUUUGAUAUCCCCUCUACCUCAGUGGGGAAGCUCAUGUACAUCGCCUGCGUGGUGUCAUCCGGGGACAUGCCCAUACGCAUCACCUGGCACAAAGACGGCCAGCUCAUCGUGCCGGGCUCCGCCUCUGGCGUCGGCAUCGAGACCAAAGAGUUCAUGAGCUCCCUCCAAAUCUCCAAGGUGACACUGAAGCACAACGGGAAUUACACCUGCAUCGCCAGCAACGCCGCCGCCACCGUCAGCUGGGAGAGACAGUUGAUCGUUACCGUGCCACCGCGGUUUACGGUGCAGCCCAACAACCAGGACUGUAUCUACGGCAAAGCUGGAGUUCUCAACUGCUCCGUGGAAGGUUAUCCGCCGCCGAAAGUCAUGUGGAAACACGCCAAAGGUGUGGGAAACCCCCAGCAGUACCACCCAGUCCCUCUAACCGGCCGAAUCCAGAUCAUGUCGAACGGCUCUCUGCUCAUCCGACAUGUUCUCGAGGAUGACCGGGGGUACUACCUCUGUCAGGCCUCCAAUGGAGUGGGCUCAGACAUCAGUAAGAGCAUGAUCCUCACUGUCAAGAUUCCCGCCAUGAUCACCAGCCACCCCAACACCACCAUGGCCAGGAAAGGCCAGACCAAGGAGCUGAACUGCACGGCGCGGGGCGAGCAGCCCAUCAUCAUCCGCUGGGAGAGGGGGGACACGGUCAUCGACGCAGAGAGGAACCCGCGUUACUCCAUCAUCAUCAACAAGAAAGGGGACGAAGUCAUCUCCACCCUAAAGCUGAACCCAGCCGAACGAGGAGAUUCUGUCUUCUUCUCCUGCCAUGCCAUCAACUCCUAUGGAGAGGGUCGAGGUCUUAUCCAGCUCACUGUGCAAGAACCACCAGAUCCCCCAGAGCUGGAAGUGAGGGAAGUGAAGGACCGGAGCAUGAACCUGCGCUGGAUCCAACGGUUUGACGGGAACAGCAUCAUCACCAGCUACGACAUCGAGUAUAAGAAUAAAUCGGACACCUGGGAUCACAUGUACACAACCAGGAACAUCUCACCCACCAACAACCAGGCCAACAUCGUGGAGCUGCACCCGGCCUGCGUUUACAGCAUCCGCAUGUACUCCUACAACAAGAUUGGCCGCAGCCUUCCCAGCAAAGAGCUCACGAUCAGUACUGAAGAAGCACCACCAGACGGGCCGCCAAUGGAAGUCAUCCUCACACCGAUGACAUCCCAGAGCAUACGGGUCACAUGGAGGGCCCCAAAGAAGGAGCUGCAGAACGGGGUGAUCCGAGGCUACCAGAUCGGUUACAGAGAGAACGGUCCGGGCAGCAACGGACAGUACAGCAUAGUGGAGAUGAAAGCCACAGGGGACAGUGAGGUGUACACCUUGGACCUCCUCAAGAAGUUUGCCCAGUACGGGGUAGUGGUCCAGGCCUUCAACAGAGCAGGGACGGGCCCAUCCAGUACUGAGAUCAACGCCACCACGCUGGAAGACGUGCCCAGCGAGCCCCCGCAGAACGUGCGAGCCAUCUCGGUGACGUCGGACGAGGCGGUGAUCACGUGGGCGGAGCCUCCACGGCUGACGCUGCACGGCGUGCUGAAAGGCUACCGUGUGGUGUUCUGGUCCCUCUUCCCCGACGGAGAAUGGGGGGAGAUGCAGAACAUCACCACGACCCGCGAGCAGGUGGAGCUGCGCGGGUUGGAGAAGUUCACCAACUACAGUGUCCAGGUGCUGGCCUACACGCAGGCCGGGGACGGGGUCCGUAGCAACGUGCUGUACAUCCAAACCCGCGAGGACCUUCCUGGACCGCCGGCUGGAAUUAAGGCGGUUCCCUCGUCUCCAAGUAGCGUGGUUGUGUCCUGGUUACCCCCCCUCAAACCAAAUGGUGUGAUCCGCAAGUACACCAUCUACUGCUCCAGUCCAGGUUCUGGACAGCCAGCGCCCAGCGAGUACGAGGCCAACCCCGAGAUGCUCUUCUACCGAAUCACGCACCUCAGCCGCGGCAAACAAUACCACAUCUGGUCUGCAGCCGUGACAACCGCCGGCCGUGGGAACAUCAGCUCAAAGGUCAUAGUGGAGCCUGCUGGGAAAGUCCCGGCUAAGAUCCUGUCCUUCGGCGGCACAGUGACCACACCCUGGAUGAAGGAAGUUCGUCUGCCCUGCAGCUCGGUGGGAGAGCCCGCCCCCACGAUUAAAUGGACCAAAGACAGUGAGGACUCUGCCAUUCCAGUGACAGCCGACAGCCAGCGGCAGAUCUUAUCCAAUGGGACGCUGGUGCUGCGUUCAGUCAAAGCAGAGGACUCUGGGUAUUACACCUGCACGGCCACUAACACGCUGGGCUUUGACACCAUCAUAGUCAAUCUCGUGGUGCAAGUUCCUCCGGACCAGCCUCGUCUGACUGUCUCCACCACCUCCACCUCCUCCAUCACCCUGGCUUGGAUCCCGGGGGACAAUGGAGGAAGCUCCAUCAGAGGGUUUGUGCUGCAGUAUUCCGUGGACAACACGGAGGAAUGGAGGGACGUGUUCAUCAGCUCCACUGAGCGCUCCUUCAGGCUGGACAACCUGCGCUGCGGAACCUGGUACAAGGUCAAGCUGGCCGCCAAGAACAGCGUGGGCUCGGGGCGCAUCAGUGAGAUCAUCGAGGCCAAGACCCAUGGAAGAGAGCCGGUGUUCAACAAGGACCAGCCGUUACUCACCCACAUCAACUCCACACACGCAGGGCUCAACCUGCAGGGCUGGACCAGCGGCGGCUGUCCCAUCACCGACAUGAUGCUGGACUUCAGACCCAAAGGCACCUGGGCCUGGCAGAGCCUCAAGGCCAACUCCACCACGCAGCUCUUCCUCAGCGAGCUGCGGGAGGCCACGUGGUACGAGCUCAAAAUGAAGGCCUGCAACAGCGCCGGGUGUGGCAACCAGAGCUCCCAGUUUGCCACCACCGACUACGACGGCAAUGCUAAGAGCCUCGCCGAGAUGCUUAUCAGCAAGAACAAUCGCAGCAUAGACACGCCUGUGAAGGGUCCUCCUCAAGGGCCGAGGCUCCACAUUGACAUCCCACGUGUUCAGCUGCUCAUCGAGGACAAGGAAGGCAUCAAGCAGAUAGGCGAGGACAAGGCAGCGGUGCCGGUGACAGACACAGAUUUUAGCCAAUCAGUAAACACGCAGAACUUCUGCACCGGCGUGUCUCUGCACCACCAAGCCCUCAUCCAGAACUCAGGGCCUUUGAUUGACAUGUCAGACAUCCGUCCAGGCACAAACCCAGUGUCCAGGAAGAGCAUCAAAUCCGCUCACAGCUCCCGCAACAGAUACUCCAGCCAGUGGACGCUGAGCCGGCCGACCCAGAGCCAGUCGACGGCCUCGGCGCGGACUCUGACCUCGGACUGGCGAACGAUGGGCUCUCACGGCAUCACUGCGACGGAGAGUGACAGCUACAGCGCCAGCCUCUCCCAAGACACAGAUAAGGGUCGCAACAGCAUGGUGUCGACUGAGAGCGCCUCCUCCACCUACGAGGAGCUGGCCAGGGCCUACGAGCACGCCAAGCUGGAGGAGCACCUGCAGCACGCCAAGUUCACCAUCACGGAGUGCUUCAUCUCCGACAGCUCCUCUGACCAAAUGACCACAGGAACCAACGACCCAGCGGACAGCAUGACCUCCCUCAGCACGCCGUCUGAACCGGGCAUCUGCCGCUUCACCGCCUCGCCGCCCAAACCGCAGGACUACGACCGUGGUAAGAAUGUGGCUGUGCCCAUUCCCCACCGCGCCAACAAAAGUGAAUUCUGCAACCUGCCCCUCUACAUGAAGACAGACCCAUUCUUCCGCAAACAAGGGGAGCUCCACGACCCAUGCCCGGUUGUGCCGCCGCGGGAAGCCUCGAUCCGCAGCCUGACGCAGCGGGCGUAUCACACCCAGGGCCGUCACAAAACUCUGGACCCUACCAAGCAGCCGUCCCUGACGCUGGGCCACUCAGGGCUGAGCAGCUUGGGUUCGAGCCUGGGCACCGCCACCUUGCCCCAAAGGACUCUCACCAUGCCCAGCUCCAACACCGCAGCAACAGCUUCCACUUCCAGCACAGGCAGCAACCCCACCAACAGCUCCAGAGACUCGCUGCUUGAGAGCAGCUCCUCUGCACUGGGGAGACUGCAGAAACAGAGUGCGGGGGCCUACUCCAAGUCCUACACACUGGUGUAG